GACCUUCCCAUCUGCUCGCAGUCUUCAUCUCCCAACAUGUGAAAUCGGACACUUACUUUCCCAGGCCGUCCCAAACAGUCUUAUCUGCACUUCCAGCUGUCAAUAUAACACGAUACAAUACAUUCACGCGCGAUUCAAACUUAACAGCAGCAACUGGCUCCACAAGUUCAGAAGAUCGACAUCGAUAAAAGUCUCCGUUUAAGAAAACAUACGAGAAGAAACUCGGACGGAGGGCGGGAGGAAAGGGAAAGCCAGAGGGGUGUUUUCUCUUCACGAGGGGAAGGACUAAAAUAGUGAGAAAUAAUUCAUUAAACAGCGUGAAAUGUCUAAAUACAUUGACUUUUAGCUUACAGUCGCGAUGUCGACAUCAGUUUUGCGAUAAAAGAGGAUGACAUCUACUUCGCCAUGCCUAGAGCUGAUCCGUGCUGGUUGCUGAGGAAAUACAUCAACUUUGCACUGUGAACACUUUGCCGUGGACAAAGUGGAGUCCAACCCAGGGUCGUCACAUAUGGUUGCCUGCCGGCCACUCCUUUGUCGAAUCCCCCGGCCAUGCCAUUCUCAAGCCCACCGGCCGCCGCUCACUCUAGGCUGCCAUCCGUUCCUCAGUUAAAACUUUGCAAGGACAGUCUGGCACUUAUGACUCACAGCCUCAUCACUCUCCAACGGAUGGAGGAGAAUCCAGACAGCGACAGGCAUUAUGAGAGGACCACUGAUGACCCCUCACCCUCUGGCCAGGGGACCAAACAGCAGAGUGAGGAGUCCCCCUUGGGUGAUCACGACCUACCUAUCAUGCAAUGGGAAGAUUUAAAUUUGCGAAUUGCAGAGUUAGAAAGGCAGGAAGAGGAAAGAAGGAAAAAAGCAGAGAGUCUGGGUUUAUCAGAGCGAGACAGAAUACUUGACAGAUGCUGGACAGAGUCAAAACACCCUUCACUUCACCGGGCGCCAGGGGCGGAUAACGACUACAGUCCCUGCCGUGUCCCUGUCAUAACGUCACGGUUUAAUAGUCCUAAAAAUCUUCAGCUGUGUUUCAUCAACAACAGUGAGAGUGAGGAGGAGGAUGACGAAGGAGCAUCUAGCAAAGAGAGCUCAUGUGAGGCAGAGGUGCGUGGAAAUUGCUCUCGGGGGCUAAAACAGGAAGUAAAAGCAGCACUCAGGGCUCUCAGAGACAAGCUAUGGGCCGAACAGAAGGAGAAAGAGAAUAAAGUUAGACAAGAUCACAUAAGGCAAACCACCCACAGUAACAUGAGCAUAAGGAGAAAGAUUCUUAGCCUUAGUGAUCUGCAGACAUGCUCUUUACUGCAGCUGAAAGCGCUCAGGGCCUCGCUGAAUGAGGACAUUCAAGACUUGAGCUCAGAAUUGGUGAAACAUCUCGUAGUACGGGACCACCUUCAGACUAAGCAAGAUGCUUUGCUCCUGGAUGUACAGGAUAUGACAUCAUUAUGAACGAUUUUUGUUUUGAACACUGCGGAACUGCAGUUUAACGUUGGCACUUUCUGAAAGCAGUAAUUUACUGUUACUCAUCCUGUGGACUAACAAAGGCCAGAAUAUCUUGUUUUUUCUUGAAGAAAUGUAGCCCUCUCAGAAACUUUUGUUAAAAUGUGAGUCACAUUGAUUAUAGUCACAAGUUUUAUUGUGGAAAAAAGUGCCUUAUAACGAACCCUAAUGACUCUGAUUCAUAUGUCACUUACGGUUUAAUUUUGCUUUCAUAAAUAGAGAAUAUAUUAAGCUGCUGUCAAAGCCAUAUGUGAUAUAACUGUGAUGUAUUAAUCAUCAGUUAUGCUACUUUAAGCAUUCCAUUGAAAUACAUUAUAUGUAAUCGUCAUGAAAAUAUAAACGUGUGCAUUCUUAUGAAUGUGCCUUACAACUUUCUUGUGUAUCAAACUUAUACAUGAGACUGAAGUAUAUCUCAGUGCUAAAUAUUCACAAUUUAAUAAAUAAUUUGUUUUAUAUCUUA